AUGAAUCAAAACAUUGGCACCAAUCCCACCUUCUCGCCCACAAUCACCACCGUCAUCCCAACAACCACCACCACCAGGAGAAGAAGUGCCGGAGACGUGGACCGGACCUCCAAACGACACUCAGUUGAUCAGGAGGACGACGAUGAGGAGGAUCACAGUUUCCAGCUGGAGGAUCUCUACGAAGACGAGAAGAGGAAGCGAAUGCAGCAGAAGAAGCGUCGCCAGCAGCAGCGUCGUAGAAAACAGCAGGCCCAGAAUCGCAGGCAGCUACAGAACCGCCAGAAUCACAGAUCCCAAAGGAGAAGCCCGAAUAGGAAUCGCAUCAUUCGGCGUUUAGCUUAG